AUGUUGGACAAAGUGGUGAGGUUUUACAAGGUGAUUGUUGGGAUGGAAUUCGAGUCCUACGAUGAUGUUUAUUUCUUCUACAACUGUUAUGCAAAACAACAUACAUGGUAUAGAAAGAGCAAGGAGAGGUACCGAGGGAAAUUGAGCUGCAGUAGCGCUGGCUUCAAGAAGAAAACCGAUGCCAACCGGCCAAGACCUGAAACUCGGACUGGCUGUCCUGCAAUGAUCAAAUUUAGGUUGAUGGAUAACAAGAGGUGGAGAAUUAUAGAAAUCGAGCUAGAGCAUAACCAUCUAACCACUCCGGCAAAUGCUAACAUUUAUAAGUCUCAUAAGAUAUCGGAUCCUGGAAGUAAGAGGCCUUUGCCAAUAAAUGGUGCCGUCCAAGUUCAAACAAUCAGGUUGUUUAGAACUGUGGUCAUUGAUGCGGAUGAUACCGAGGAAUGUGGUUUUGGGGAUACUAUUGAUCAGGGUGAUGACAAACUGAAGCUCAAACUGGGGGAUUCUCAGGCAAUGCUCAAGUUUUUCACGAGGAUGCAGUUGAAUGAUGCUAGUUUCUUUUACUCGAUGGACAUUAAUGAGAAAGGAUGUUUACGCAAUGUUUUCUGGGCUGAAGCUAGGUGUAGGGCUGCCUACAGUUAUUUUGUUGAUGUUUUAUUCGUCAAUACUACAAGUUUAACAGAAAACUACGAGGUUCCACUGGUGGUGUUUACCGGUAUCAAUCACCAUGCGCAGACUGUGCCACUAGGCUGUGGUUUGGUUUCAGUUCAGACUGUGGAGUCAUUUGUAUGGCUGUGUAGAGCAUGGCUAACAUAUAUGGUCGGACAGUCUCCUCAAACCAUCAUUACCAUCGAGUGCAAAGCCAUGCAGACUGCUGUUACCGAGGUUCAUCCUAGAGCAUCGCAUUGUCUUUCUUUGACAAACAUAAUGAAGAUGGUUUUGCAUGAAGUAGCAUGUCUGGAGGCAUGCGAGGCAAUCAGAAACGGGCUUAGUAGAGCGGUUUAUCACUCGCUGAGAUCAGAUGAAUUUGAAGCAGCUUGGGAGGACUUGGUGCAGAGCCAUGGACUUCAGAAUCACAAAUGGCUUCAAAACUUAUAUGAAGAUCGUAAGCGGUGGGUUCCAGUCUAUCUGAAAGAGAUUUUUUGUGCAGGAAUGUUUCCUGUGGAUUCACCUUUUCAAGAAUAUUUGAGGCAACAUACUUCGUUAAGAGAGUUUUUUUCGAGUUAUGAUCAAGCUCAGCAGGAUAUUCACCACAGAGAGACAUUAUCUGACAUAGCGUCCAAUAAAUCAAGUUGUCUGCUCAAGACACGAUUGUUUUUCGAGUUGCAGCUAUCAAAAUUAUACACAAAGAACAUAUUUGAACAUUUUCAACAGGAAGUGGAGGGUGUGUACUCAUGUUAUGGUUUAAGGCAGAAGAGUGUUGAGGGGUCGGUCGUAACUUUUAUAGUCAAAGAAGACGUCCAAGUUGAGGAAAACAUGAAGGAAACAAGAGAUUUUGAGGUGAUAUACAAUUCUGGUGAUGCAGUUGAGGUGCUAUGUGUGUGUGCCCUAUUCAACCUCAGGGGUUAUCUGUGCAGACAUGUCUUGUGUGUUAUCAACCAAGUCGGAUUAGACGAAAUCCCACCUCAAUAUAUCCUUGCACAGGAGCGUUACAAAGGUGGUCGAGGAAGGAAGGAAAUCACAUGA